AGGGCUGGAGGAAGGCUCCGUGUAAAAAAAGUCCCUCUACCACCAUUAUACUUUAAAUCCUAGUUGUUGUAGUCCCGAUUGCAUCCCCAUUGUUGUUUUCUGGUAUAUUAAAUACAUAGUACGAAAUCGAAUGCUGACGUAAAGUUAUAUUGAGAUGCUACUCCGUUUGAUUCGCAUGAAUGAAUCUUUUCCUGUGUUGAUUGUAUACUAGAUUAAAUCAAUGAACGUCUUUUUGGUAAAAGUUGCAUAUCCUUCCAGUCCUAGAUAGUUUUCCUAUAGAUACCUCACCUCAAACUGAGUCUCUCCUAGACCUCAAACUGAGUCUCCUUAUGAUAAGAUUUUUUACGAUUCUGUGUGUCACGUGUAUUGAGUGUAUCAGAAAAACUAAGUUGCUAUGUCCCCCCUACAUUCACUCUUUUUGAGAUCAAAUGAUUUGUCUUGAAGUUAUUUGUUCAAGUUGAGUCACACAUUUGACAGAUGGUUUAGUUUAUCUAGUUUAACAUCACUCAGUACUAUCAGGCUAUAGUAUACUUAAGUUCUCAUCUAACUGCUCUACUUGCGUCACUUUUUCUACACAUCGUUGUCGAUGAAAGUAAAAAGAAAAGCACGCACAUGGAUUUUUCGACUUGUUUCAUUCUUUGGUGAAUGAUGAGUCUUGAUUUAGUAGCCCCCAACCGUAACCCUAUGUACUUUAUGAAAAGAGGUACUAGUCCUACUCCUACUUGUGCUCAUGUGAGUCGCGAUGUUGCGAUUGGACUUUCUGAACCUUGCGGGAGAGGUCGCCCGCUACAGCUUAGACCUGGAUCCGCAUCUUGUAGCGGAAAACCACGUCGACCCCUAUUGCAGCGUUGAUCACAUCUCCAGAAGGAUACAACACGGCGAAGAAGAUCAUGACAGGACUUUCGACGAUUAUGUUGAUGGUAACUCAAACUCUACGAAGAACGAGAUACAGCAACAUGCUGGAGGGAACAGCAACAGGUUUGGUGAAAGGAGAAUCGUUCAUGUGAGGCCUGGCUUGACAACUGGAACAGCAGUCCACCUCGAUGAUAGGUUGGUGCUGUCGACGUUGCGGGUGAAACAGCUACUAGCCGAGCGUUUCGGUGUACCGGAAAGCCUGUUAAACAUUUGCUUUUGCCCGCACGAAGUUGUAUCUACAAGAAUAAUCGGUGGAAUUACGAAUAUUCCUGACCAUGCUGCAGACGAGGAGCAACCUGUUAGCGGUAGAGGAGUUGCAGAUCCUGUUAGCGUUAGAGAAGUUGAAGAUGAUCCUGAACAAGAUAAAGAAGAUCUACAGGAACAACUAUGUCAAGACUCGUCAGACGAAUUCGUCCUGAAUGACCACGAUGAAAUACUUCUAUACUUUGGAGACUUUGCUGGUGAACAAAAUCAUGGGAUAGGGAAUCUGCCUAGGGCUAGAAGUAGUUCUAGAGUACUAGAUGGUGACGAAGGCCUCGACUUUCUAGAGGACUAUCAUGCCUGUGGUAAAAGCAAGCAUAUUUUCGGCACAUUGCGUCUUGUGGAACGGACCUCGGACUUCAGGGAUUUAGCAGACUGGAGAAGCCUAGAUGAACUGGGCUUGCCUGCCUGUCGGGAAUUCUUCUAUCAGGCGUUGAUGCGCGACGAAAAUUGGUGUGCUCCUUCUAGUUCUACUGCUGCGAAAUCGGGUACAACUGGGAGAAACUACAUCACAACGGUAGCAAGAAGUCCUGUGGUAAUUCCUCACAAAAAGACGUGUCCUCUAGCUGGCAGAUGGUUUUUCAAUCCGCCUGCGCGAGAACGAAACGAGCGCGCACGAGACGGACAAAACCUUGUUCUUUUCGGAACACCGAAUACGAAGAACAAAGUAGGCAAGAGAACGGGAGUAGACUUACUGUUCUGCGAAGAUGAUGAUGAAGAGGUUGAGGUGUGUAGUGAGCCUACAUCACGGCCGUCGCGGAAAACAUCCCUAUCAUCCACCUCCUCCGUAUCAACGCCUUCCGAUGAUGAUAGUAAUGAAUAUUUCCCAGAAGCGGAAGAGGUAGAAGUAGAAGGACCAUUGAAGAUGUUCGCGGUUGGAGAAGAUUUUCAUCAGAGGCCUUUUUUCCACGGACCUCAGAGGGCCUUUCUUCGCAGUUGUGGGUUCGGGCCUGACACGUUGUACCGUAUCUGCGCUGGCGCCAGUGUCGGCGGGUCUCGUUGCUCGACUAGUGGGGAGGACGCUAUCCCUGAGAAUGUAAUCGCGGCGAUAUUGCAGAGUCCUCACGUCCCAUCUUCGUGGUUAGACUACGUUGAUCCCGUGUCAGGGACUUCUGCGUUUUUGCUCCUGUGUCAGCGUCUGAGUGGUCGCGAAAUGAUCUUGUGCGGUGCUACAGCCACCGCGUCGGAGGAGGCGUUCUUGCCCGACCAGCAACCUGGUGUUGAGGCUCAGCUUUGCGAACGCUUGCUGGCUCGCAUCCGGCCAGAAACAGCUCUUUGUGUGAACCGACGAGGCACAACCGCAUUGCACUGCGUGCGAAGUGAGGCUCUAGCGUUGAAAAUCAUCGACAAAUUUUGGCCGAUCAUGAGUGUACAACAAAACCCAGGAUUGACUCUUUCGAAAUUGGUGCUGCCGUUCAUGACCAGCGUCGAUCAGCUAUACCGCACAACGGUCCUGCAUCGGGCUUGCGCCAGAAGAUGGCAGAGUGUGACACAACGGAUUGUUGCGAUUUUCAUGGCCUCUAGGCGCAAUGGCUCUCCUCAGCAGAACUUUCGAGAACGAGGUGUACGCGAUGUAGAUCAGAACAAUCUCAACAACCAGAGGUGGAACUACAGUUCGUAUUCUAAAUCCUGGAACCCGAGUUCCACAAUAGGGCUCCUCGCUAGGGCUGACAACAGGUUGUGUGGUCACAAACUAGUUCGCGCUGCAGACCGUGCAAGAACAGGCGGACGCGUAUUGCUCUCGAAAAACACUUACGUCAAUCAGCUACUAAUGGCGACAAAAGCAGGACGAAUGCAGCUGCAACACCGGAUGAUACAAAUAAGAGGUCAAGAAGGAAAUUCCCCUAGUGCUACGACGAGAACUUUAUCUACUGAUGAACCUGCUGUUCAACUGCUGCGACAGACGUUGCAGAUUCGUGAUAGGCAAGGAAGGACGCCCGUGGACUAUGCACGAAUAAAUGGUUGGAGAUUGAUGUGCGACUUUUUUGCCGAUGCACAGAAUAGGAGACUUUAAUAAGACUGAGUACUUAUGUUUUUAGAGCUAAAUUUGGUGUUUAUGAGAUGUAGGAGAUUGAAGAACUUACCUAGUAACUAUAUUGAUAGAAGAUGAAGAUGCUUAUACCACGAGCGUUGAAAAGAUAUCAUGAUUGAGCUAUACUAGCUUGCGCAAUUUUUAUAUCAAUAUGUCCAGUGCUAGUUGUAGUCGCAAUCAGUCGUGUACUAAUAUUUUUAGUGGUGAUCAGAUUACAGUCAUAUUUUUGGUGUAUCAGAAGUCCGUAAUGGUAGUGUCAUAAUCGAAAUUCAAGACCGCAAUCAUUUUCAUUGGGUUUUGGCUCUUCUUUUUUUGGUUUUAUGAGUUGUAGCAGUCAUGCAUAGUUAUUAAGCUAUGUCGAAAGCAGCCACCUGCUUUCGCGACUCCCAUCGAUAUCUCUUUAGAGCAUAAAAUGUCAGCAGUAAGUGUAAACUAUAUAAUGAAUUUCCUUUUGUGAGUGUCAGAGCCGGCUUUAUGUAUGAAAGCGCGCAUAUUAUUAUAACGCAUUGUGUUUCUUCGGCACUUAGUUUUUGGUAUCAAAUCUUUGACGCAUGCGGCAGUGCAAUCAAGAACUGAUGCAUAGUAUUUUUUCCCAGAAAUGAACCGCAUUCGAUUUGACUUGCGAUAUCAAGAAACGCAAGGCGGAAACUUGUACAAGCCUACUAAAGGUCAACAUGAUCUUUCCAACAUCAUUUUAAAUCUCAUAUUCCUUGAAGAAAAAAGCUGAUGAGCGAUGAU